GGGAAAGAAAGAAGUUUAUGAACUCCCAAGUGAUUGUAGAGCAUCUCUGUGGAAAUGGUUAAGUUGGUCUGAAGCAAAGCCCUUCGGUGGCAGAAAAGCCUCCAGAGCGCCAGAUGUCGCUGUGGUUCCGUGGUGCGAGAGGGCGUGCGUCUCUGUGGUUAUAAAGUUGGGGGUGGAGUGGCCGGGAGAUGAUGGCUGAUGAAGAGGAAGAAGUCAAGCCGAUCUUGCAGAAAUUGCAGGAACUAGUGGAUCAGCUCUAUUCAUUUCGAGACUGCUAUUUUGAGACACAUAGUGUUGAGGAUGCUGGGAGGAAGCAACAGGAUGUGCGGAAGGAGAUGGAGAAGACCCUACAGCAGAUGGAAGAAGUAGUGGGUUCUGUCCAGGGCAAGGCACAAGUUCUAAUGCUAACUGGGAAAGCACUAAAUGUGACUCCUGACUAUAGCCCUAAGGCUGAGGAGCUUCUAUCAAAGGCUGUGAAGCUGGAGCCCGAGCUGGUGGAAGCCUGGAACCAGCUGGGUGAGGUGUACUGGAAAAAAGGGGAUGUUGCAGCUGCCCACACCUGCUUCUCAGGAGCCCUCACCCAUUGCAGGAACAAAGUCUCCUUGCAAAACCUGUCAAUGGUGCUUCGUCAGCUGCGGACUGACACUGAAGAUGAACAUUCUCACCAUGUCAUGGACAGUGUCCGACAGGCUAAGUUGGCUGUUCAGAUGGAUGUCCAUGAUGGCCGCUCCUGGUAUAUUCUUGGGAAUUCAUAUCUUUCCCUUUACUUCUCUACUGGCCAGAACCCUAAGAUCUCCCAGCAAGCCCUCAGUGCCUAUGCCCAAGCAGAGAAGGUUGACAGAAAAGCUUCUAGCAAUCCUGACCUUCAUCUGAACAGGGCGACGUUGCAUAAAUAUGAAGAGAAUUAUGGGGAGGCCCUGGAGGGCUUCUCUCGGGCUGCAGCCCUGGACCCUGCCUGGCCAGAGCCCUGGCAACGAGAGCAACAACUUCUGGAAUUCCUGGAUAGAUUAACCAGCCUCCUUGAGAGUAAGGGAAAGGUGAAGACCAAAAAGCUGCAGAGCAUGCUGGGAAGCUUGCGCCCAGCCCAUCUAGGCCCUUGCGGUGAUGGGCACUAUCAGUCAGCCUCUGGGCAGAAAGUGACCCUGGAGCUCAAGCCACUGAGUACACUUCAGCCUGGGGUGAACAGCGGUGCCGUCAUCCUGGGAAAGGUGGUAUUUAGCCUCACCACAGAGGAGAAAGUCCCCUUUACAUUUGGCCUGGUAGAUUCAGAUGGACCUUGCUAUGCAGUGAUGGUGUACAAUAUAGUGCAGAGCUGGGGAGUGCUCAUUGGAGACUCUGUAGCCAUCCCUGAGCCCAACCUGCGGCUUCACCAAAUUCAGCACAAAGGAAAGGAGUAUUCCUUUUCCAGUGUUCGAGUGGAGACGCCCCUCCUGCUAGUGGUGAAUGGGAAACCUCAGGGAUCCGGCAGCCAGGCUGUUGCCACAGUGGCAUCACGACCACAGUGUGAAUGACCCUCUUUGACUUGCACGCUCAACAGGGAGUGGAGGAGAGGAGACAAGGCCCUGGACAGCCAGUCCAGCCACAUCCAGUGAUUCAGCAGGGAUGGGAGGAAUGUUUUAAAUGAAGACUUUCUCUUUCCCUGCCUGUUUUACACUUCGUAUCUCUUCUCUCUCCUCUGUCCUCAUCAUGUUCCAGCUCUCUACAGGGCCACAUACUCUUCUGGCAUAUCUCUCCCGUCUCUUCCACUGCUCUCUAUGUUUUAAGCAAAGAGCAUGGAAUUGGUAGAAGUCUUGGGAUCUUGCCAUGGGACAGAAUCCCCAAGGUUCCUGUUGUUGCCUCCUUCCUAAGCCUCAUAUGUAUAUAUCAGUUCAGUAUUUAUUGCUAAAGGAGGGGGCUUAAUUUUGUAAUGGCUUUUAUUUUUAGCAAUUUUUAUUUUUAUUUUUGAAAUUUAGAUCCUUCCUCUUCUUUGGGGCUGGAACAGAAUUAAAUUUGUUUGAAAAAAAAAA